AUGCCGACGUCAACAUCUACAUCUACACCGUCUCCUUCGCCUACGCCACCGUCAACACCAACAGCCUAUCCGUGCGGGUUCCCAGGCUGCACACGCACGUUCGGGGUACGGUCCAACGCGAAGCGGCAUCUGCGGACGCACGGCGUCUUGCCCUCGUCCGUCCAAGAGUCGACCGGGACACCAUACGUCGUCGGCUUCAGCACGCCCAUGGUCCUACCCUCGCCCGGGCUCUCGCUCGCAGCUGUCGGUGCCGACGGGCUCCCCUCCGACUUCGAGGGCCUCUCCUCCGCCGAGGGUAUCGAGGGCGCGGGUAUGGGGUAUGGCAUGGGCGAAGGUUCAGGUGCCCAAGGGGCGAUGGGGCCAAGGGUGGUACCCGGCCCGAGGCAGGCAGCGUUCAAGUUGCGCUGGAUGCCCCCGAGCUUGACGUCGAGGACGAACGCGGCUGCGCUGAGAGAGGUCGUUGAGGCGGGUGGGCAGCUGCCGCAUGAGCCGAAUCGGGGGCCGAAGAAGGUCAAGACGGCGCCUCCAGGUGCGGCAGCGCAGAGGAAGGCGGAGAAAGCGAAGGCCAGUGCUAGGCAGGCCUCCUCGUCGGUGGUGGCUGCGUCUGAUGCCCCUGGAGGAGGUGCGGUCGAGGAACAGGGAGGGGAAUUGGGUAUGGAUGUGGAUAUGGGGGGUAAACAACCUGAGAUGGAAGAGGAAGGCGAGGAAGGCGAGGACACGGAUUCUAUCGCAGUCAGCCGCCUAACUGUGCCGCUGCCCCCUGUCGUGCCUACCACGUCGAGCUCUCUGUCGAGCUCUUUGUCCACCCCUGCCUCGGCACCUGUCUCCUCCUCUGCCACGAUGUCCGUCCCGACGCCAGCCUCUGCCUACCCAUCCUCGUCGUCGCUGUCCUCCAUGUCCGGCUCUGGCACCUUCACCUCGAUCUCGCCCUCGUCGUCUGCGACGUCCUUCUCUACCCCACCGCUGAGUGCCUCGUCGACGUCGUCGCCGUACAUCGCACAAGGUUCGAGCACCAUGUCAAAGCUGACUAGUGGUAUUGGUAUGGGUCCUGGAAUCGGUGGUAUGGGUGUAAACUUGGACUUUGGUUUGGAGGAAGAGCGUAAUUCGUUCGCGCCUGCGGGGUCGCAUCCCUAUCACCCUUCUCAGGAAGAUGCCUGUAUGGCAGAAACUCCAUCCUCUCUCCUCCUAGAUAACACACCCAGGUCACCUACCGCUCCACACCGCUGGCCACCAGAGCCAGAAGACACCCGAAGUCGCGCGUCAGAGUUCUACGGAUUCGUAGCAUGGACGUCGACGUACCUUCUGUUCGUGCUUUAUGUCCUUUGGGUGGUUCUGCCAGACGAGUGGAUUGUCUGGACGGGCGUAACGUGGUAUCCUAAUAGGGAAUGGGCCAUCCUGAUACCGUCCUGGACCGUCGUGCUUGUGAUUUUGACCUACAUCGCAUACUCUGGCCUUGCUAUCCGCGCGACGCCUGCAUUCGACGAGAUGAGUGCUAUUACAGACUCUCGCGCUGCCCUACCUUCCAGUGAAGACCGCGACAGAAACCACAACCCCUACCUCGAGUCCGUCAAACCAAACGCGAUACCCGAGCUGUACGAUAUUCCGAUUGGGAUGGUCAACAGCGUGCUGUACCACGAAGCACUGGAACGAGCUGCCCUGAAAGCGCGAGCAAGGAGACAAGCACAAGGCCAAAGCUCGCAAACUUGA